AUGAGCCACAGCUGUAGUGGGGAUCCCGAGAGACUCGCCCAGAUUGGGCACAUCCAGGGCUGUGGCUACCUGUUUGCAGUCCAAGAAACCACCACGGGCUACCCUUCGGGGCUGCGCAUUGUGACCGUAAGCCAAAACAUCAUGGAGGCCCCAUGGGUCCAAGCCAGCUCCGAGUCCGACAUUCUAGGCAAAGAUCUAGGCGACAUGUUGCGCGAAGAAUGCGUGCAAACCGUGCGGGCUCUUGUCACGCGCUACACGCAAGCCAGCCAACCCCGCAAUGACCGCAUCUCCCCAAAGGUCAACAGGACCACGGCCGACAUCUACUCGUGCCCAGCAGCCGCACACGCCGGGCUCGUGCCAGGAGAGGAAGAUGAUCCGACCAAAGCAGUGUUCACCUUCACGCUGACAGGCAGCAACCCGGGGGUAUAUCUGGUGGAAGUGGAGCGGAAGCAUGGGCCUCACAGCGCCCGAGCCCAGCAUACGCCCGGGUUGCUGCAGAUGACCGAUCUCAUGGGGUGUAUUCCCGUCGGGUCAAACUCUUUGGUAUCGACGGCGGCCCUGUGUGACGCGCUCGCGGAAAAUAUGCCUGCGUACGAAAGGGUUGUAGUGUACCGUUUCGCCCCAGACGGCCACGGCGAGGUCAUUCAUGAAUGCAUCAAGCCGGGUUGUGAAGUUGAAUCCUCAUUUUUGGGCUGUCAUUUCCCAGCUUCGGAUAUUCCUCCCAUCGCGCGGAAGUUGCUCAUGCUAAAGGGCGUUAGUUUCAUCGCGGACACCUCCGGACAGAGGGUGGCCAUAAGGUCCAUUCCCGAGCGAUCCUCGACCCCUCUCGAUCUAUCCAGGAGUGCUUUAAGGGCUCCGUCGCCAUGCCACGAGCAAUUUCUCCGCAACAUGGGAGUGAGGGCUUCGAUGGCCGUGGCCAUCACGGUAGGAGGCGAGCUGUGGGGGAACAUCAAUUUUCACGCCUACACAAGGGCCGUACAUCCGUCAUGCGAAGAGCGUAUACUGGCGGAAACUACGGUGACGUUAACUGGUGCGCUCAUCAUGCACUACGAGCGGCAGGAGAUCGCGACGACUGCUCUCGCCUUGUCGCGCAUGCUUGGAAGGCUCAAGGACUACCCCAGGGUAAAUGAUUUCCUUUCUAGUGAGCAUCAGGCACUGCGAGAUAUCCUGGAGGUCGACACCAUUGUCCUGUACGAGCACUCCCGAUCCGCCACCGUCUAUGGGAAGAAGGACAUCUCCCUGACCCUGAGUGAGUGCAUUGAGCUUCUCAACGGGGAUGGGCCUGGCGAAACCUUGUGCUUUCGAUCACUGGAGGCAAAAGGCGUCGCCUUUUUCUCUGUAAACACCUUCCUGAUCGUUUUCCUUCGGGAGAACAUCGCCGACCAGAUCAAGUGGGCGGGCAACCCUGAGGCGAUAAUGCAUGACGGGGAGGUUGUGCGACCCAGAGCAUCCUUCCAACAGUUCAUGGGAACACCAGCGGUGCCGUUCAAGUUGUGGUCGCCGGCGACAACGGACCUCCUCAACAUGGUGCGCCGCGGAUUCUCCUCGAAGAUAUACGCGGAUGCUCUGCCCGCCGCCCAGCAAGAAACUUUUGCGCACGUCUCUCAUGAACUUCGCACCCCGUUCCAUGGCGUGAUGGGGUCGCUCGAGAUGCUGGAGGAGGGCCACGGAACCAUGGAAGCGGAAGAACAGCUGGGAACCAUUCACUCUGCUGUACGUUGCGGAAAGUCGAUGCUAUCCACGCUCGAUGAUAUUCUCGACAUCGCGAAAAAUCGCAACAACACGGAGGUGGCUCGCCGCCGUUUCGCCGCGUCCAGCCCAAUCCUUCUGGCGGUGGAUGCCAUGAAACCAUUCGCCAUCACCGAGUCGGUUGAGCUCACAGCGGAGACCGGACCACCGGACGAUACGUUUGAGGUAGUCGGGGACAUGCGGCGCAUCAAGACUGUUGUGCAAAAUCUGGUGAACAACGCCAUCAAGUUCACCCCCAGGGGAGGAAAGGUGGCGGCAUCCCAUCGCGUUCUCGAUUCCCUGCAAGACGCCACUGAUUGGUGGACCAAGGAGACUAAUCGUUUCGAGGCCAGCACGUGGAUAGGGAGCCCCACAGGCGACAUGACGGCCGUAGCAUCUCAGGAUGCAAGGUGGCAUGUCUACUGUGUAGAAGAUUCCGGGGUUGGUGUUCUGCCGGCGGACCUCCCGCAUCUUGUAGCAGCGUACAAGCAGGUAUCGCAUGGCGUUCAAAAGUCGUACGCUGGCACUGGGUUGGGCCUCCACAUCUGUAAAGCGCAUGUGGAGGCGAUGUUCGGUGCUCUCGGGAUCGCUUCCACGUUUGCCGAGGAAAGCACAAGUGGGGGAACGCUGUUUGCCGUGAUACUACCCCUGUGCUCUGUGGAAGAGGCAGGAGCGGUCGUCGAUGCCGGUUCUAAUGCUGACGAUCACACAGUGAACGUGAAGCUCAUUGAACACAAGAUUCGGCGGCAUUUCAGGGGCAGCGGCGCCGAUGUGCAGGUUUUGUCCGCCACCGACGGCUUGAUGGCCUUGGACGUGCAAACGGCGGCACGACACGUCCGUGUCGGUGGAUCGGGGGGCCUAGUUCUUGCGGGAAUUUUCAUGGACUUUCACCUGCCAAACCUUGACGGGAUCGAGUGCACAAGGAGGAUCAGGGUGCUCGAGGCCGCCAACGGUUGGCCUAGGGUCACCAUAUGCGGCUGCACCGCCGAUGUUACAGAAGGUGUACGAAGUUCGUUCCAAGACGCGGGGGGGGACGAAGUCAUCCUGAAGCCUUGGCGCCCGGGCCAGGUGGAACGCGCCUGCAAUGUCAUGGUGGCUAAAGCUUUGGACGAUGACCACCAGAGCGGGGUUGCAGGGGUCUGAGGACCGCGUGUCCCUGGAAGGUGCAUACGAGGCGCGAUGGCAGCACGUUUGCGGAGCAACAGCGAGAGGAACGAGAGUAAAAUAUGGAGAGCAGAUGCAGAAUAACGACGAAGAAUCCUCCCCGCCCAUGCGUAUCCUACGAUGAAGGCUCAGCUUGGACUACGUGAUCAUGUCGAAAGGCGGACAGGAUUAAGUUAUGUGGUGCCCGAACUACGGGACCUUUUUAUUUUUCACGAGCGACGGAGAAUGCACGCCUGGAUAAAAGUCUUGUUGCUUGCGUAAAGGUGUGGCGGGCCGGUAUCCCUCUGUGUUCUGGAUAGAGCAACUUAGCUGUUUGACUGGUGAUUCACCGGUGUCCGAGUACGUACGCAAUGGUGGUGAAUUGGAAUGAGAGCGCCGUUGCUUUGUUCAUGGAGACAUGAUGAUGGUGUCAGCCGCGACGUUUAUGUAGUUCAUUC